AUGCAAACUGCAUUAGCUAAAGGCUGGUAUGUGGUUGUUCCAGAUUACGAGGGUGUUCAGGUCUGGUCAUACUACACUCGACUCUAUUCGUGCUACUUUGAAUUCUCAGAAUUCUCUGUAAUAAGGCCCGAUGCCAAAGCUGCUGUGUACGGUUAUUCUGGAGGAACAAUUGCUUCUGAAUGGGCCGCUUUUCUCCAGCCAAAGUACGUUCCAGAGCUUAAGAACAAUCCUAUUUGCUGUGCCAUUGGCGGCUGGGUCACCAAUAUCACGCUUACGGCUGAAGCAACCGAUGGAGCCAAAUCAGCCGGACUUCUUCCCAUUGCUGUAAACGGCUUGAUCAACGAGUACCCCAUUCUUCUGGGCUUCUUGAGGAGGAGCUCUAUUCUGAACGGGUGGAAGAAUUCCCAGGUUUUUGAUACUAAUCCAGAUGUUCCUGUGGAGCAGGAGACUGUUGGGGAUUACACGGUUCAAGAAGAAAUCGAGGUGGACGCUGAUUCCAAGAGUGAGGAUUCUUCUGAUUUAGCUUCCUUCCAAGAGGAGAUUGAGGGUUCCACGGCUUCUGAGGCCUCUUUUGAGCCGGAGAGUACCACGGAGCGGGUUAUUGACGAGUAG